CGUGUUGUACGGUUUAACUAUUGUUUAUCUGUUUAUGAAGAACACAAGCAGCGAAAUCUAAAAAUAUGGAUAAAAUAAAAUUCAGAAACGACGACGAUGGCCAAUACGAACCUACCGAUUCUGAUGAGGAGUAUAGCGAGGAGGAGAAAGAGUUAUUGCAAGAAGUCAGAAAAGGUCGUUCAAAAAAUGAAUCCAAACAAAAACAAGUUUUGGCCUUUACCGAUUCUGAGGAAGAAGAAGAUGACGAGGAACAUGAUGACCAACUGAAUGAGGACGAUGAAGAUGAAUUGGGCGUGGCCGAUAGUGACAUUGAGGGAGCAGAACAAAAUGAUGAUGAUUUGCCUGAUACCAAAUAUUGGGGUAAAAAAUCGAGUGCUUAUUAUAACACAGAUUUUGUGGAUCAAGACUAUAGCAGCUACAAUGAAAAGGAGGAGGAAUUGGCAAAGCUGGAGGGAGAGGAAGCCAAGGCCAUUCAAUUACGUCUGGCUAAGCAAUUGAAAGAGGAUGAUUUUAAAUUGGACACCGCCUUUAAGAAAUCGAAAAAAUCCAAGAAAUCCUCAACUUCAGAGCCCAUAGACAAGAGUAGUACUCUGCUUAAAGCUGAUUUUUCAGGUCUAAGUAAAAGAGAACGUCUGGAGUUGUUUGAAAAAGAUUCUCCCGAAUUUUCGGGACUCAUAGGAGAUUUUGAGGGCUAUAUGGAGGAGAUACAACAACUGCAUGCUCCUGUGUUGAGUUAUGUACGCGAGAACAAAGUGCCUAUGAUACCUGCUUUGCAGUUUGCCCAACACUAUCAAAAUAUAGCCUUAACCUAUUGUUCCAACUUGGCUUUCUAUUUGCUCUUGAAAGCCAAUAGAACAUCUAUACAAAAUCAUCCGAUUAUAUCGAGAUUAAUGCAAUUGAAAAAACUACUUAACCAAUUGGAUGAUAAACAUGAGAAUAUCAUUAAACCACAAUUGGAGGCACUUUUGGAACGUAUACAAGAUGGUGAUGAAUUUGAGGUUAUGGAAAUGAAGAAUCCUGCCUUGGACACUGCAGAAGAAAAUGGAAAGAAAAACCAGAAGCGUGCCAAAAAAUCGAAAUUGGGUAUAUUAUCGGCAUAUGAUGACAAUGAUGAACCUACACAGAAAAAGUCCAAAAUUGUUAAAGAAAAUACUAAGGACAACAUGGCUUCUUUGUCUGAGAUGCCUUCUGACGAUGAAGAUGACGAAGUUGGUCUAGGGAAGAAUUAUGAAGACGGCCAGGAGGGAGAGGAUGAAGAAGAAGAAGACGGCGAAAAUCGCCGUGGCAUUACCUACCAAAUUGCCAAAAACAAAGGCCUUAUGCCACAUCGCAAAAAGGAACAACGCAAUCCUCGCGUUAAACAUCGUGGCAAAUAUCGUAAGGCUCUAAUUCGACGUAAGGGUGCUGUGCGCACGGUACGCAAAGAAACUUCCAGAUAUGGUGGUGAAAUAUCAGGCAUUAAGGCCACAGUUAGUAAGAGUAUAAAGUUUAAAUCAUAAACAAAAUUUACAUGUACAUAUGAUUUGUUUAGAAUAUAUUUUAAUACAAAUGA